CACACACACACACACACACACACACCACCCCCUGCCCCUAAACCAGCCCCAGGAAGGCCACGACGCGCUCCCUGAUACGCUGAAGGUUCGGGACUAUAGGAGGUAUCCAGGACGCCUCCAGGACGCUCCUCUAUACCCAGCGCCAGUCUGCGACGCGUCACCCCUCCUGAAGACAUCUCCACCACUCCUGAACCACAUCUCCUCCGAAAACAGAGAUGACGGCGAAGAACCGCAACAAGGCGAGCUCCGGGGAAAAGACCACCACUGCUGCUGCUGCUGCUCCUCCGUCGUCUGCCCAGGUCGACGCGUCGACAAAAGUGCAGAAAAGUAGCGAUGAGGUCUCAGGAGCCGUGACCACCCCAAAGAGUCCCGGGUCUGGACCCAGCAGCGAUGGAGGUGGAGGUGGAGGCUUCCAGGUGCUUCUCUUAUUGUUUUCCGUCGCUCUGGUCGCUGGAGGAGGUUUUGCGGCGUUUUAUCUCCAACAGGCCCUAGAAGAAGUUCACCAGAUCGGUGCCAAGAAUCAGGAAACCGCGCUGGAGAACGCAAAGUUACACGGGAGGAUGGAAAGCGUUCUUGAACAGGUGGAUUCGGUGAGGCGGGUGGUGGAAGGGUUGGAGGCCUCGCUGGCCGUGACGCGCUCCGAGCUGGGGGCGGCGGGCGGCCGGCUGCGGCAGGGCGAGGAGGAGAAGCAGCGGCUGGAGGAGGCGCUGCAGCGGCUGCAGAACGACCUCCUGCAGGACCUGUCGGCGGGCAUCAGCCAGGUAAAGGAGGCCCGCGAGAGGGACUUCUCCUCCCUGGAGAGCACCGUGGAGACGCGCCUGGCCGAGGUCGGCCAAUCCGUGGCCUCCAGCGUGGCCGAGCUGGCCGCCGCGCAGGGCGAGGUGCGGGGGCAGUUGGCCGGCCUCCAGGCCCGCCUGGGCGAGGCCGAGGACCCGGCCGUCCUGAGGGGGGAGCUGGCGGUCGUGGCGGGGGCGGUGGAGGAGCUGGAGGCGGCGAGCCGGGCCUCGGAGGCCGGCGCCGUCUCGCUGGCCGAGCAGAUCGGCGGCGUGAGCGCCGAGCUCCAGACCCGCAACGGGGAGGUGGCGUCGCUGGCGCAGGAAGUGGACGCGGUGCGGGCGCUAGUGCAGGACACCGUGGGCAGCCUGAAGGGGAUUGUGACGGCGGCGGAGGCCGGGGUGACGGAGCUGCGGGCCGGGUCCGAGGAGCUGGAGGCCGGGCUGGGGCGCGCCCAGGAGGCGGUGGGCCGCCUGCGGGAGGAGGCGCGGGAGCAGACGCUGCAGCGCUCCGUAGACCUGGAGGCGCGGGUCAAGGCGUCGGAGGAGGCGGCGCAGUCCGUGGCCGAGCUCUCCUCCAGGGUGGAGGCGCUGCUCGCCAGCCACGACUCCCACGAUAGCGCGCUGGCCGCCCACGGCCAGGCGGCGGAGAAGGCCCGCGCCGGCCUGGCGGAGGAGCUGGAGCAGCUGAGGGCCGGCGUGGAGGAGGUCCGGUCCAGCGCCGACCAGGGCUCUCUGGGGGGCCUGACGGAGGCGCUGGACAGCAGGCUGUCCACACUGGAGGAGAGCACCAGAGACAGCAUCCAGACCCCCCAACGUCUGGAGGAGCUGAGGGCCGUGGUGGUGGCCCUCGAGGGGAAGGCUGCCCGUCUGGAGCAGCACGAGCAGGCCAUCUCCACCCUGCAGGAUGCUCUGAAGAAGACCACCACCACCCUGGCCGCCUUGUCCACCAAGAAAAUCAAAGCCAAGAAGCCGUAGAACACUAAUAAAGCCUUUAAUAUCAAUCUGAUGAGCUGAUUGUCAAAGCCUCCUGGUUCUCCCGCACAUGAAGCACAUGAGGUGCUGAAUCCCCUGACCCCCCAGCCAAGUUGUCCUGGGGGGGUCCGCGUCCUGGGGGUCAGGGUCCUGGGGUAGCACCCGUUGUCGUCAGGACUGUACCGGAGGGCAGGACCAACAGGACCUGCUGUUUUCUACACCGAAGUGGACUCUCACUGCACUGUAUUUUCUACUGUUUUGUUUCUUUUGGACAUUCACUUUUAUUAUUUACAUCCUGUUUUCUUUCCAGUAAAUUUCAUUUGAUACGUCUCGUUUUGGGUCAUUAGAACAAUGUUUACAAACUGUGUUUGGAUUCUUCUGUUGAACGAAAAAUAAAAAUGACACUAAAUUCUCGGGA